UAACUCCCUUCAUACCCACCCUACCAAACAACGUAGCCUUAUUCUCCACAGUAGACUAGUACACGUUCAAUAUUUUCCUCCCUCUUCGAAGGCGCAGCCCCAUUGAAAUUUGCUGUUUCUUCAACUUUUCGGUCGAUUGAGUUCCCUUCCGCAGGAAAUCGUCGCUGGACCAGUCAUAUAGACAUAUAGAGAGAGAGAGAAAGAGGGGUGGGGCGAGAGAUAAAGAAUGGGACAAGUUCAAAGCGACGUCGCUGAUGCUGCCACAGUUGAUCAAGGCAAACAUUCGUCAUCCUCAUCCUCUGCGACUGACAACAAUACACAACCAGCUUCAUUGGAAUCUUUAAUCGCUGAAGCUGCAGCAUUUGGUGAUGAUGAGAAUGAGUCUCUUGAUGCGAAGGCUCAAAAAGCAUUGGAAUGCCCUUGCAUUGCUGACUUGCGGAAGGGCCCAUGCGGUACCCAGUUUUCAGAGUCUUUCCUAUGCUUUCUCAAGAGCACAGCAGAAGAAAAGGGAUCGGACUGUGUGCAUCCUUUUGUGGCAUUGCAGCAUUGCAUUAAAGCCAACCCAGAUGCAUUUUCGAAGGAUGUAUUAGAUGAUAAUAGUGAAGUCAAGAAGGAGGAAGAGAGUGAGGUCAAGAAAGAGGAAGAGCGAAGCCGUAAGUACAAAAUCAUCCCUCCCAUUUGGUCUGUGGAAUCAAAAAGUCCGAAACACAAGCUUUAGGAAGAUGUUAUUUCUCCAUUUUUGCCUCAUCCUUUUUUACCCCUUUUUUCUGAUAAAAUCUAUAAAUGAAUAUGGCAUUUUUAUUAUCUUUUUGGUCCUAAUGCCAUACUACGUUGUUUAGGGUUUCUUUCAUUUUUUGGGCCGUCUGCAUUCCCUCUUCUCUACAUAUUUGUGUGAUUGUAAGAUGCAUUCACAAUUCACAAACAAAACAAAAGCAAUAUAAUUGGUUUUAACAGU